AUGCUUCCACAGACAUUCGUUAAGGGGACGAUGGAUGGGCCUUACACCACCGGCCAACAUAGUGCGGACUUCAUGCGCGGCACAUCUAGCCGCAAGGGCGAUCCAUUUAUAAAAAGGUGGCAUGAUCUAUUUAUUCACCUGUGGGAGAGCCGAUCCAACCACUCCGGCAUAUGCAGCGAUCCGCUCAUUGCAUUUGGUCUCGAUAUGGACUUCUCCGAGUCACAGCGCCACGGAUACAAAUAUGAAUUCAAAGUAGAACCCCUUACCCAUCCCGAAUCUCCAGAGUAUAAGACUGCAUACCAACUAGUGUGGCAUGUGCUCACGAGUGGUAGCAUGCAGAAGGUUAGUCAUGCGAAACCCUUGUCAUUAAUACCUGCGCUUGGAUAUCUUUGGGAUGACAACCGUGGCUCCGAUUGUAAACCGGGAACGUUUGCGGAUCUUCUCAGAUACGGUAGUGUGCACUUUGAGCAGACGAGAAGGACUGCCUCCAUUGUACAGAUCGAAAAACCGAAAGAUACCAUGAAAAAGGGCGUGCUUGAGCCUUGA